AUGGCGCGUGCCCUUCCGGAAUUGACAGCGACAUGCAUGGAUCUGCCGAGCACGGAGUACUUCCGAAUGCCUCAGAAAUACUUGGGUGUCUCAAAAGGGAUACUAUGGUUCCACGACUUCACAUCUCGUGAAGAAUAUAACGUGAAAAGCGUGAAAGAAGCUCAACCCUUUCUCCCGCAUCAAUUGAACCCAAAAACAGGAGGAAAAGAAACAUUUGAAUCCUGGAGGAUGACGGGGGAGGUGGAUAAAAUGGAGCACCCCGGGGAAAGGUCGUUCCAUGGCUCUGGUGAAACGGCUGCACCCCCAUAUCCUAAAGUCCCUACGUACGAACCUGUUUUCUCCCGUAGGAAUCGCACAAAUAUCACAGAGGUGUUCUUAAGUAUGGGAAAUCGAAAAGGAUUGUUACGAGCGGACACGGGGACGGGGACGGGGACGGGGAGAUCGAUCUGGAUCUGCAAUUCGGCACGGGAAACUGAAGAGCAAAAACAGUAG